AUGGAAAAUCAACGAUACCGUAAGGGAGAUUAUCGCAAGUGUUAUCCGGAUUCUGCGCCGGGCGAAACAACCAUUCGUAAGGGGUUUGCUAAAUUCCGUACAGGCCAUAUGAGCACGGAUUACGAUGAACGCAGUGGACGUCCAAAAGAGGCAGUUACGGACGAAAACAUCAAAAAAAUCCACAAAAUGAUUUUGAAAGAUCAUCUCAAGAGAAUGCUCGCUGGAAAGAAAUUUAAAGCCGAUGAGAAAGUAAUCGCCGAAACAGAGGCCUAUUUUGAGGCUAAACACAAAUCGCACUACAAAAAUGGCAUUGAAAAGUUGAAAGAUCGCUAUAAUCAGUGUAUCGCCCUCGAUGGCCACUACGUUGAAUAA